AUGGUAUAAGAAAUACUGAGAAAACAAGUCUUGAUGAAAGAAAAGACUUCAAAUGGUGAAAAGAAAACAGCGGAUCAUAAAGUAGAGUUUCUGGAGUUGAAGCUGCUGGAAGAUGAAGAUUGGAGGAAGAGUACAGUACUUUGCUGAACAUGAUAAGAGAAAAUUUAAGUUUCAUAAAUCACUUUCUUACCAAAAUGAAAAACUUAAAGACAAAGAUACGAGUUUACAAGGCUAGAAGUGUGAAAACAAGGGUUCAAAGUUUCUGAGUUUGGAGAUAAAGAUUAAGGGGUUUCUAUGGAUCAAGGAUUCAAAGCAGAUAGGAGAAAUAAUGAAGAUGUUGAAAAGUUUAAACUAGUGCAUUUCUUCACAACUCUCUCAAAGAAUUUUCCCUCCCAACUUAAAUUCCCAGAGAAGUUUGUAAGGAAAUGUUUGAGGAAAGAAUUAUCAAACAUUAGUACUGUGAGUCUUAGAGGACCUAUUGGUCGAAUUUGGACAGUUGAAUUGAUCAGAAAAGGAAGUGAGGAUGAUGAUGAUGAAAAGAGAUUGUAUUUGGGAAAGGGAUGGGAGAUAUUUGUCAAGGAACACCAUCUGAAAGAAGGUGAUGUUUUGUUUCUGAAAUACAAAUUAGGGGGUUCAGUUUUUGAUGUAUUAGUGUUUGAUGAUGAAAACUUCUGUGAGAAAGAAACUUCAUAUUUUGUUAGGAAUUGCAAGAAUGAAGGUUGUCAUAGGAGUAACGGCCGGUUGAAUGAGCGAAAAAGAGUAGAAAGAGAACCUUAUGCGGAAAUCAGUGAACCUAAGAGGUUGCCUAAGAAAGUGAAAGGAAAACGAAUCACCAGUAGCGAUGAUGAAGAUGAGGAUAGUGGUAGCAAAACAUCACGAUUGCCUGGUCGGAAAGGCAAAGUUCCAGCUUCUGUUAAGCGCGAGCAAGAUUCAGAAGAGGAAGAAAGCCAAGUAGACCGAAUGGCGCUUGUGUUGAGGAACGGAGCUCCUAAAGUAAAAGGUGCAGCUUAUCCACAAGCUCUCCAUGAAGGUACACACAAGGGAAAGCCACAUUUUGUUAUAGCCAUGAAAUCUACACAUGUGUCAAGCAUCUUCACCAUGACAGUUCCUGUCAACUUUUCAACUAAGAAUAUACCUCGUGCAACUAAAUUUGCAUCCCUCAAGGUGAAUGGUAAAACAUGGUUAGCUGAAUAUGUAUCUUUUGGAGCAUGUAAGAGUUCUGGAUUCCGCGGUCGGGGAUGGAGAGAUUUUGUACGCAGUAACAAGCUUAAAGUGGGAGAUGUCUGCCUGUUUGAGACUACUUCAUCGUCGUCGUCUAAAACUUCAAAGAAAUCAAUCAAUCUUGAUGUUACCAUCUUUCAUAAGUAAGAUGUUCUGUUAAGGUGACAUAUUAUGUGCAGCAACAAGUAGAAGAUCAGACUUGUUUCAUUUCUGUUUACUAGUUGUUCUACUAUGUACCUAGUUCCAAACUAUAUUUUAGAUUCGAAUGUUGACUGUUAUGUUAUUAGAUCUUGGUAUGAGACUGUGUUGUUGCUAGAUGCAUUGGCACUGAACAAUUCAUCUAUAUUUUAUUAGGUCUUGGUAUGA